AUGUUUAAGUAUCGCAUCCGGAUGCUUUUCAAUGAACUCAAAGUGGUUCUGAUGCACUGUGGAUCCAGCAGGAGGACGGGGACGGACCCGGACACGCAGACCCGGGUGCGAGGCUGUGGCUGGUUCAGCUGCUCUCACCGGGACGAGCAGGAGGAAUAUUACGGCUCUGAGUCCAGACCCCGCAGCCUGGAUCUGGAGGAACCAGGAGAACACAAACCCGAUGGAGGAGGUUCUGACUCCGCUUCUCUCCCGAGUCUCUCGGACAGCGGGAUGCGAUCCCCGCAGUGCCGGAUCUGCUUCCAGGGCCCGGAGAAGGGGGAGCUGUUGAGCCCUUGCCGGUGUGCUGGCUCUGUGCGUUGUUCUCACCAGGCCUGCCUCAUCCGCUGGAUCAGUGAGAGAGGCUCCUGGAGCUGUGAGAUCUGCUACUUCAAGUACCAGGUCCUGGCCAUCAGCACCAAUGACCCACUUCAGUGGCAGGCCAUCUCUCUGACUGUCAUUGAGAAGGUGCAGAUUGCAGCCAUCAUCUUGGGCUCUUUGUUCCUCAUCGCCAGUAUCUCCUGGUUGGUGUGGUCCUCUCUCAGCCCUUCAGCCAAAUGGCAACGGCAAGACCUUCUCUUCCAGAUAUGCUACGGCAUGUAUGGCUUCAUGGACAUAGUUUGUAUAGGCCUUAUAAUCCAUGAAGGAUCAUCUGUUUACCGGAUCUUUAAGCGCUGGCAGGCGGUGAACCAGCAGUGGAAAGUGCUGAAUUAUGAGAAAGCCAAGGACUUAGGUGACCCCAUCAGUUCCAGCAGUAAAGUACGUGUUGAGAGGAACUCGGACAGCGGACGGAGGGCAAGUCGACAUGUCAGGACUAUUCUCAACCACCACUGUGGCUAUACCAUUUUGCACAUCCUCAGCCAGUUAAGACCCAACAGUCUGCGCAGAGCCAACCAUGAGGUGGUCAUGAGGGUGACCACUGUAUGAGGCUGGGUCGUACAGGCUAAAAUGCUCCGAUGUUUGAGGAGGAGAACAAAGUGUUGAUUGGGAUUUAAUAUUUAAAAAAAUCCCAUUCUACCACAUAAACACUGCCAUCUACUUCUAGUCUCAAAUUUUGCUCGCAGGAUCUCCCUUAGUUCAAAGUGGACAAAAAGAGAUUUCCGAGCAGAGGGAGAAGAAUACAGUUUUAUCUGAGACUUUAAAGACAAGACAAAUAAGAAAAAAUUCAUACAUUUUGAAAAAGAAAAAGCUUUGAUUCUUAAAGCUAUUAACUUUUUUUUUUUACCACGAUAACCAAUGUCAUUGAAAUGUUUUUUUAUGUUUUGCUUUUUAAAGAAAAAAUAAAAUGAUUGUCAUUAAGUAAGAUUUGGAUUUUACUUACUACUCAUGUGACCUAAACAAUGACCCCAGCUCCCCUAAUUUAUUCAACAUAUUCCUGAAGGUCCACAUCGAUGGAUCAAAUAUUGAAAAGCCCAGU